AUGAACAAUUUGAUAAAAUACAAAGGAUGCCACACUCCAAACUUCACUCCUCAUUACUACAAUCUUGAUCUUCCGGCCAGUGCAACUCAAGAGGAUAUUGAACAAGCACACCGUCGCCUUCUCCAAUUAGUCCAUCCAGAUAAUUUACGAGGUCCGGAGCAAAAUAGCAAUGCCGAAACUGCCAUUCAACUUAUCAACGAGGCUUACGAGGUACUGAGAGACGACGAGAAACGUUUCUAUCAUCUAAUGGUUUGUGAAAAGACUUUUGGUUGUCGUUUCAAAUCCGAUUAUCGACAGAGGUUUGGAGUUGAUUUUUGGAACAGUCGGUGGGUAAGAAAACAUCAUGAAAUUGACAGCUUCGCGCCUAAACCGUGGCCGUGGGAUUAUGACACUUUAUCAACCGAAUUAAUGUGUCCUACCGGGAAAAAUGCCGGUUUUCAAUUUUGUACCACGACCUGGGUGAAUGUGGCUCAUAUACUUAUGGACAACCUGCUACCUUACUCUGUGAGCGACAGUAUAUGGCGUCGUGUUGAGACCUGGAGAAGUGGGAACCCUAGUAAUGAAACGAUUAAGGACGUGUAUCUCGACUUUCAAAGGGGUUGCGAUAACUUUAAGGUUCUGGUAGAAAAGAGAGAAGCUUACAUACCAUGGUCACAGAUUCCAGCAAACAUUGAUUGGCCAACUUUAGGCAGGCGUUGUUCACUAUUUUGUGUCGAUAUUUUGACUGUACCUUUCAGUAUUUUCUGCAUCAUUUUUUUCCUCUUGGCUUUAGUUAGUCUCCAGACUAUCAAGAAGCCUGAAACAAAGCGACGACGGCGAGUCUUUCGGCCCCCAUCAGCGAGAUCUAGUCGACCGUCAACUUAUCGAACAGUAGAAAAUGACAUAGCACAGUCACAAACUCAGUCUCAGACUAGAGCAUCGCAACGACAAAGAUAUUUUUACCCUUCAGAGAGAGACUAUUACGCAGAUGAAGAUUCCACACCGUUAUACAGUUUAGGAAAACCGCAAAGUUACUCUGUAAAGGAAGUCUCAAGUCGAUAUACAGAUCCUUCAGAUAAAUCAAAAUCAACACAGUUUUCCAGCGUUAUAACAAGACAGGGCCGAGCUACAAAUCCUGUUACCACUAAUUCGACAACCAGUUCAAUGUCAAGACGAAAGAAGGGCCCAAAAGAGCCUCAGCCUCGCUCCGCAAGUCCAAGUUCAAGUCCAAGUUCAAGUCCAAGUUCCUCUACUUCAGCAUCCUCCUCAACCCAAUCCCUCAACCUCAAAGCACAAAGACUACCCUCCCCCACCAACGCUUCCCAAUUUUUCUCCCUCAACCCCUCCGAAAAACACUACUACUACUCCACCAACGAUCUUCCCCUACGCGAACGACGCAAUAUCUCUACAUCCUACCCACCCACCCGUCAGCGAUACGUGCACUACGAAGACGAAAAAGACUGGGCAGACGAUGAGCGAACACCACGUCUCUGCAUGGCUUCAACAGCAACGGGAAAACAAUGUUCAAGAAGAGUUUCAUUGGUGACGCCGCUGAGUGGAAGUACUGUGGAGGCGUUGAUUAGUCCGCUUUGUUUUCAGCAUCGGCAUGUAAGGAAAUGGAUUAGGGGAGCUCACGAGAGAGGUCCACCUGUGGAGGAGAGUGUUUCUUCAGUGGAAAUGGAUAGGUUGCCGGAGGAGGAGACCACGAGGCCUUCGGUACGGUUCUUGAAUGAUGAUGAUGAGGAUGACGAGUAUUAG